GCGGAGCCGAGCCAAGAGGAGGAUCCCUUUGCCAAUCUGCUCAGUCUGAAGCUGCACAAGCCGGCGCAUUGGAAUUGGGAGCUGACCACAUCCCGCAGCUGCAGCAACAUUGCACUGCCUCGGAUCCUGCUCUAUGAUCAUACGGGUGCGCUGCUCGUAGAUGCCAACAGCCAAACGGAGCUCAGCUAUCGCUCACACACGCUCGCGCCUACGCCUACGCCUACGUCUACGCCCACCACAACCACAGCCGGAGGCACAAGAAGUGGAGCAAGAUCGCAGGCGGGCUCAGGCAUUGAAUCUUCUGUCGGACGUCAUCGCAAGCGGGCAGCCACCGCUAAUUUGGGCCAGUGCCUGCGUCAAGCACUGCACACGGACUUCCAUGGCCUGCAUAUUGCGGAAGCCACGCCCAGCACCACGCCCACCACACGCUCGCCGUCGCGUCUUCAUGGUGGCAGUUGCAUCGACUUCAGCACUCACGAGCUGCCCAACUAUACGGAGCAGCGCCCACUGAGCUCCGAAAGGCGCUCCAGUUCCCUGCGAGGUGUGCGCUUCCAUGAGGCCGAGCAGCCGACCACUUACCCUACGCCUCCCUCAACGAGCACCCUGACCACCACAGCGAAUUCCUCGUCGUCCGGACCGCGCGAAAAGCGACGCUAUAGACGAUCUCAUAGCUCAGGACGCGUCAGUGGAAGCUCCAUACUGGAGCGCUUUAGCAUGACCAGAGGCCGUUACUCAUCGCCCGAAUACGCCACUGAGGAGCAGUUGCAGCAUGCACCACGCUACUACCUGAGAAGCAGCAAGGCCGGCACGCUAGUCAUCAAGGAUGACAGCUUCAGUCGAGUGCGCCAGCGACGCCGCCGGCCCCGACACUCCUCGACUGAGAAUGUGCUCAACGAGAGUACUCCAAGCAGAUCCGUGCUGGUCACGACAACAGCGGCCGCAGCUGUGGCAACGUUGGGGGCGGCGGCGCCGCUGCCGGCAAUGCCGCUGCCGGCAAUGCCGCUGAGCAAUGGACGCAAGCGUGGCUGCUCGACGCAGCGACGCCAGCAGAGUGCGACACAUCGCCUGUCCACAUCGGAGGAAGAAGAGCAGGGCAGGGACGAAGCACGUGGCAGGCGACCACAACGUCGAUAUGGCAAGAAUUUAACGAAGGAACUCAUCACGGUCGAUCCGGAGAAUUGUGUUUAUCGUGCGACGACGGCCGCCACGGCGCGCUGAAGGAGCUCGGCGACUCGGCACUUGUUGACGACAAUGACGAUGCUUGGGAUGGCGAUGAUGCUGCGGAUGAUGAUGUCACAAGCCACUCACUGAAUACAUAUGUACUACUUACUUGUAUAUGCAUGCUUAUGGCCACUUAGUUCUUCCAAUAUUCACUCGUACGUCCAGCUCGUCGCUGUUGUUGUUGUUGUUGUUCCUGCUGUUCUUCAGAUCUUUGUUCGCCUGCGUUUGAUUUCUCGGCACAUUUUCAUGAGCUGCGUGCGCCAUGUGAUGUACAAUUUGUACAUACGAAUAUAUAUGUAUGUAUAGACUAUUCUAUGUACAUUGUGCCGUAUAUAAAAAUGUUGUUUUUGUUUACGGCCCGCCGUCGUUGGCAUAUUGUAGAAUAAAAUAAAUAAAUAAAUGGUAAAUGUAGCGCAAGCUGUAGAUAAAUAAAAGUGCCGGCUACAUACAUACCUCAAGGCUUUAAAAAUGUGUUUAAAUAAUUUUGAAUUCGCGAUAAGCCUGAUGAUUAUUCGAUACGAGAAGGAAUAUUAACUCUCAGCAUACUACAAGUAAUUAUAUAUAUAAAAAUGUCAUUGAUAAACCCCGAAAUUACUGAACCGAUUUCAAUUAAAUUUCACAUGUAUCUGUAAUUUGGUUUCACUUAGUACAAGAUAGAAGAGUUUUUAACUCUUUUAAACCCUAACAGACAGUGCCCGAAGACCUGGUGUGAAUACGGAAUAUGGAACGUAUGGAUAACACAUACUAUAUGUAGGCAGAAAAAUCUUAUUACAAACCAUAUAUAGGGUCAAUAUUGUAUAUAGCAUUUGUAGAACUGAUCUGUGUAAAUGAAUAUAGAUAAAUAAAUAAAUGAAU